AUGGAGAAUGUAGAAAAUGGAAAUGGGAAUGGGGGAGGACCUGAGAGGAUACUGAACCAGCCAAUAGAUGACAAUGAUAGAUCCAUGAUGGAUUUUAUCAUACCUGUUUUGGAUGAGUUGGACCCAAGUAUUGCCCAGCCUGUUAAUGGAUUACCCUUUAAGUUAGAACCUGUGAUGUUCACAAUGCUCCAAAAUAUGUGGCAGUGCCAUGGUCUACUGAUGGAAGACCCACAUAAGCACCUUAGGAAUUUCAUAGAAGUGGCUAAUACUUUUAGGAAUCCCAAUAUCUCAGAUGAUGCUCUGAGAUUAAAGCUUUUCCUCCACUCAUUGGCUGACAAAGCCAAAGAGUGGUUGAACUCCCUUCCAUCCAACUCCAUAACCAAUUGGCAUACAUUGGCUGAAAAAUUCAUAAUGAAGUUCUUACCAUCCAAUAAGAUAGUGCAAACCAGAUGUGACAUCACCAACUUCAUGCAGAAGGAUGGCGAGACCUUAGUGGAUGUGUGGGAGAGGUCCUUUAAUCAAGCCUAUGAGUUGUUGGAACAAAUGACUCAGAAUUAUGCCCAAUGGCCUGAUGAGAGAAAUCAACCAAGGAGAGUGGCUGGUCUACAUGAGGUAGAUUCUGUAACAGCCUUGUCAGCUAAGUUUGAUGCACUAUCCACCCUAGUAGAAACCCAAGGACAACCCACUGAGGCAAGAUUGUCUCAGCCUCAAGUUCCAAUACCCCAACCUCAAGUCAAUGCUGCGAACACAAGUGAAACUUGUGUUUUCUUUGGUGGGCCCCAUUUGUUUGGUAGCUGUCCAUCCAACCCAGAGUCUGUCUACUAUGUGGGAAACCGAAAUAGGAACCAUAAUAAUUUUUCCAAUAAUUUUAAUCAAGGUUGGAGGCAGAAUCAACAGCCCCACUAUUUUCAAGGGCAAAGGCAGCAAGCUGGACCCUCCAAUGCCCAAACCAAACCAACUUUUCCCCCUCAAAACUACCAACAACCUCCAAGGCAGAAAUCUGCUGCUCAAUCUUCAGUUCCAUAUUAUCAAAACCAAUCUGGUGAGAUGUCCUCUUCUUCAACCUCUUCCUUAGAGGCUUUGUUGAGGGAAUAUUUGGUUAAGAGUGAAAGUAAGCAAAAUAGCUUGGAGGCUAUAGUGCGGAGCAUUCCUGCAUCAUUGAGGAAUUUAGAAUCCCAACUAGGCCAUUUAGCCAAUGCUUUGAAUAGCAGACCCCCUGGUACUUUGCCUAGUAACACUGAAGAGCCUGGGAGAAAUAAUGAGCAGUGUCAUAUGAUAGAGCUCAGGAAUGGAAGAUCUGUGAAUCAGCCAGAAGCUGUGAUCCAAGUAGACCAUCCUGUAGGGACUAUUUCCAAGGAAAAUUUACCUCUAAAAGGUCAAGCAACUAAGCCAAAUGUUGAGGCACUUGUUGUCAACAACAGACCUCCACCACCUUUUCCCCAAAGGUUGCAAAAACUGAAGCAAGAGCACCAAUUUAGGAAGUUCCUUGACCUCCUAAAACAACUUUUCAUCAAUAUUCCAUUUGUAGAUGCCUUAGAGCAGAUGCCUACUUAUGUGAAGUUCAUGAAAGAAAUUCUUUCUAGGAAAAGGAGGUUAGAAGAGUUUGAAACUGUUGCUCUUAGACAAGAAAUCAGUCAAUAUUUGCUUAGCAAGAUACCUCCCAAAUUAGGAGAACCAGGCAAUUUCACAAUCCCUUGCACCAUAGGAGACCAAUAUGUAGGCAAAGCAUUGUGUGACUUGGGUGCUAGCAUAAAUUUGAUGCCCAUGAGUGUUUUCAAGAAGUUAAAGGUAGGAGAGCCUAGUCCCACAAUUGUUACCUUGCAAUUAGCAGAUAGGUCCCUAGUAUAUCCUGAAGGGAAGAUAGAAAAAAAUUUAGUCAAGGUGGAUAAAUUUAUCCUACCAGCUGAUUUCAUCAUUUUGUACUAUGAGGGAGAUAUGGAAGUGCCUAUAAUUUUAGGGAGAGCUUUCUUAGCCACUGGUGGGGCUGUGAUAGAUGUUAAAGAGGGAGAGUUGUCCAUGAAUGUGAAUGGGGAACAAGUAAAAUUUAACAUUUUAAAAUCCCUGAAAUACCCCAGAGAUUUAGAGGAGUGUUCAAUGCCAGAUGUGAUUGAUCAUGCUGUCUAA